AUGAAUUCUCCUCCAAGGAUGAAAAAGCACUUUCAUUUUUCAACUACCUCCUCAUCUUCUUCCUCUACCGAUGAUGUUGCACAACAUGGGUUAACCCCUCUUAUUAUGGUAACUGCUAAACCAAUGAUCCAAGAUAAUUCAAUGCCUCUUUCUCCUCAAUUUGAGACUGUUCCUUUUACUCUAAAUCCUAUGAUGAAUGUUGCAUUUCAUCAGGUUGUUGUUCCAAAUGUUCCUUUAAAUGUUGUCUACCCUAGAUCUUACUUUAAGGGAGAGGUUUCUCAAGAGGUUCCUCAAGGAACUGAUAGUUACUUUGACUCUGACAAUUAUCAGCUCAGUCCUCGAAAGAGGAAGGCUUCCAUUUCAGGGGGAACUCAUGAAAUUGAAGUUGGAAGCUCUACUACCUUUGAUCCUUCAACAUCUCCUCCUAAAAUGAAAAGCAAACUCAUCUUUGAUCUAAAUGAAUUGUCAGAAUCAUGGAGGUUACCCAUUGAGGAAGUUAGAGAAAUCAUGUUUGAAUAUAACGUUGCUAGCUGA